CGGAUGACGAGCGAGCUGCGCAUGCGCUUAUCGAAAGCGUCUGCCGCAUUUGACCAGCCGGAGACACGUAUGUGGGCCAGUUACUGUCGGGGCUUAGCUGAUGUUGUACAGAUCUAUGGUGCUGUCCUUUCUUCUGUACGCCAGCGAAACCUGGACAAUGUAUUGGAAGGAUUUCAAGUAUCUGGAGCGGUUUCAUCGACAUUGUCUCCCAUCGAUCCUGCACAUCGGUUAAUGAGGCAGAGGUGCAGACAUGGAAUUGCUGCGUCGCAGUGGCAUGUAUACAGGGGACUGCAUACUUCUGCUUAGGUACCUGAGGUGGCUCGGGCAUGUUCGUCGCAUUUAUUCGACCCGGAUACCGAAACAGCUGCCUAAUGACCA